GCGUUUCAGUCGUACAUGAAGCGCUCGUCGCUUAUUCCCUCUUUCUCUUUGGAAACCACACCAUUCGUGGCUUGACGCUUGUCAGGCUGCAAAUGUCCAGCAGCCGCUGUGCGUCAUGCAAAUUCCUGCGGCAUGCGCUGCGCGUUCGCCGCCUAGGAUGCAGGUGAUAGCGGCAGCAACACUCGUCUUGGUUUUCUUCUAUUUUGUUUUCAUACCCUCCGGAAUACAUCGACCAUUGGGCACUGCCAGGUGGCAGCAAAUAUCGGCACCAUUGCAGGCCUCGAACAUCACCCUGGACAUCGAACUCCUGAAACAGCUCCAAGUGCCGCCGAAGUUUUCUUAUCAGAGGCACUGCAUUAGCGCCAGAGAGAGAAAUGGCCUGAAGAGGGAAUCACUUGUGGAAAUUCAAGACCCGAUAUUUGCUGGCGCCAGACCCGUCGACAUCAGCCUGGACGAUGAUUUCAAGCCUCAGCCCGAUUCCCGAAGCAUAUUGCCGCCCUGUCAGACGGCUGUCGAGAUCGAUGUGCCAGACUUCUCCUCUCAACUAUCCAGCAGCACCGAGGCUUUGAUGCUAGGCGUGGCGACUUCACUAAAGCGAAUCGAGCAGAGCUUGCCAACAUUCUCGAGAUGGCUGUCCAAUACUGGAUCGCCGCUUCUCGUCUUGCUCGUGGACCACCCAGAUCUCAGCAAGAUCGAAGCGGACCUGCGACGCGUGAGGAGUCAAGCCGAGACGCUUCAAAUAGAACUCAUCUUUGAAGGGUAUCAGCAUAACUUUGAGCAUGACAGCGAAGGUCUAAAGAAUUUUGGACUGGCUACUGCACUUGACAAGCAUCGUCGAGAGUCGACUCGAUGGUUUGGUAUCAUCGACGACGAUACCUUCUUCCUCUCACUGCCACGUAUGUUGGAUGCGUUGCAGCCUUUCGAUUCAAACAAAAAUUGGUACAUCGGAGCUUUGACUGAAGGCCAUACCCGCAUUGCAAAGGAAGGUUUCAAAGCCUGGGGCGGUGCUGGCUUCUUCGUUUCACCACCUCUUAUGCGCACUUUGGCUGAGAAUGCCGUGGAGUGUACUCCCCUUGACCAGUUCUUCGGCGAUAUCCUAUGGAGAGAUUGUAUUAUGGAGGUGACCUCGCCAACGGUACAUCUGACCGAACUACGCGGCCUUAACCAGAUGGAUCUGUGGGGCGAUCUCUCUGGCUGGUAUGAGGCAGGCUUUUCGCCCAUCUUGACUGUGCAUCAUUGGAAGAGCUGGCACUUCUAUCCGGUUGCCAUGGCUCAUGUCGUAUCAGACGUUGCUGGUCCGGACUCUUUCUUACAACGCUAUCUGUUCGGCAAUAAUACUGUCCUCACGAACGGAUACAGCAUAUCUGAGUAUCCCAAGGGCUUGCCAGAUCUCAAUCUUGUAGAGCUCACAAUGACAGAAGAUGUCAACGUCAACCGCCCACCGCCGCAGCUAGAGUUCCACCACAGCAUGGGACACACCCGACCAGCACUGGAGCUCGGGAGAGACAAGAUUCAGUGGAAGUUCAAACACUCCGUCAUGACUUCUGAAGGCACUGUCAGGCAAUUCUAUGUCAAGAAGGAGAAUGAUGAAAGAGAUGUCAGUGUUAUUGAGGUGGACUGGUCCAAGUCAUGAGAAAAGGCCAAUGCGUCUCAAUCAGCCUUGCCCGCAAUGCUUCCAGGAGUGAUACAUGCGUCGAGUUCGACCAUCGGCGAGGCUUUUGUUGGUCACCGAGUCUGUCCUUGCGGGGUAUUGUUCGAAUGGCAAUAUGAAGCUUUUGAGAAAGCUUCGAAGGUGAAAUAUAGAUCGUCGAUGGUCCUUCAGAUCGCGGCAUGGAAAAGGAGCUUUUAUUUGGUGGAAGCUUGCUGUUUUCGGACAGCGAUAUCCAAUGUUGGAUCGGAAUUCAAAUGAUACCCACUGAGCAGUCGAAUGCGAGCGUUAGUUACAUUGCAUAGAAGGUGUUUGCUUGAGGGGCAGUCAUUUAUAGUGCUAUGAAAGUCGGAACGAUUGUUCCUGGAAGGC